AUGUCUGAAACUGCAGAAACUGUGAUUGUUACCGGAGGAACCGGAUACAUUGGCCAGCACAUUGUUGCCGAAUUGCUCAAGGAUGGAUACAAAGUUGUUGCAAUUGUUCGUUCGGCACAAGCAAGUUUAAACCUCAUUAAACUAUUCAACCAUCCAUACUUGUCGACUCAAGUUGUUGAGCAAUUGGAUAAACCCAAAUCGAUUGACUUUGUUUUAAAACAACACAAAGAAGCUACCGCUUUUAUUGCUUCCGCCGCCGUUGUCAAAUUUGAUGCUCAAGAUCAAGAAGAAGAAGUCUUGAAGCCAAGUCUUGCCAUCAUUGAAAACACAUUGAAAUCAAUUCAUCAUUAUGGCGAGCAGAUUAAAAGAGUCGUGUUGACAUCUUCAACCGCGGCAAUUGUUGGCCCCGAUAAGGCAUUCAGUGCCACAGCUGAGUAUUCCGAGGAUGACUGGUCACCUUUGACUUAUGAGGCCGGCAAAGCAAAUGGAACCAUGGCUUAUUUCACUUCGAAGAAAUUGAAUGAAGAAUAUGCUUGGAAAUACAUCAAGGAAGAAAAGCCGCAUUUCGAUCUUGUUUCCGUGAACCCGGCAUUAAUUCUUGGCCCCGUAACUUUUGCAAGCGAGGUUAGCUUGGAGAAAUUUCCAUCUACAACUGGUAUGAUUGGAGGUUUAUUGCAUUUGCAAAAGGAUAGUUAUGUUACCGAACUCCAAUCUGGCGCCAUCGAUGUCAGGGACGUUGCGAAAGUCCACGUUUCUGUGAUCAAGAACCCCAAGGCUUCAAAUCAAAGAUUGUUGCUCGAAGCAUACAAGACUACCAAUCCAAACAUGAUCAACAUCAUCAAAAACAAUUUCCCCGAAUACAACGACAAGUUACCCGACGUCGCACCUGAUUCUGAGUCCGAUUUUAAACUUCCAUCGGACACCAAAACAAAAGAAAUUUUGGGAAUCAAACACUAUGAAUACACAUUGGAGCAAUCUGUUGUUGAUUUGGUCAAGCAGAUUUUGAAAUAG